GGUGGAGAGAGUGACAGUCAAAUGUCCAGAGGGAUGUGUUGAUGUAUUGCUAGAAGAGUGAAGAAGAGAGGAGUGAAAUCUUCAUGUCAGAGACAUGGACAAACUCAUUCAUCUGAUCUUACUCUCUGGUCUUGUUUCCCUUCCAGGUAGUUUAGCAGAGAAUUUAGCAUUUAUAGGAACAGCUACACAGUCAUCCACAUUUAACACCUGGUUAGCUCAACAUGCCAUAGAUGGUAAAAGAUAUGGCACAGAAACUGGUCUAUACUGCUCUGCUACAACAUCUGAAAGUGACCCAUGGUGGAGGCUGGAUCUCUUGGAUAUUUAUAAUAUCCGAACAGUGAUCAUCACUGCUAGAUCAGAUGGUUCUUUUGAGUAUACCAACGGAGCAGAGAUUCGUAUUGGAAACUCACUGGACAACAAUGGAAACAACAAUCCCAUAUGUGCUGUAAUCCCUGAUCCUCUACCUGGUAAUACUGUCAGUUACUCAUGUCAUGGGAUGGAGGGACGUUAUGUGAAUGUGGUCAGGUCUGGACGUACAGCUCAUCUCACUCUGUGUGAAGUGGAGGUCUAUGAAACAGAGAAUUUAGCCUUUAAAGGAACGCCAACACACUCAUCCACAUUUAACGACUGGGACGCUGAAAAUGCCAUUGAUGGUUUGAGAUAUGGCCCAGAUACGGGUUCAUUCUGCUCUGCUACAACAUCUGAGAGUAACCCAUGGUGGAGGUUGGAUCUUCUGGAUUAUUAUGACAUCAGUACAGUGAUCAUCACUGCUAGACCAGGGUGCUGUGAGGAUCAAACCAAUGGAGCAGAGAUUCGUAUUGGAAACUCUUUGGAUAACAAUGGAAACAACAAUCCCAGAUGUGCUGUGACUUCUGGUUUUCUACUUGGUUACACCAUCAGUUACUCGUGUCAUGGGAUGGUGGGACGUUAUGUGAAUGUGGUCAUCUCUGGAAGUACAUCUGCUCUUGCUCUGUGUGAGGUGGAGGUCCAUGGAAAAUUUUUAGGGCACAGAAAUAAAUACUUUCUGAGGCUGAAGUUCUCCUCCAGUGGUGAUGUAGCUGCUGAGAGCGACAAAAUCCUCCAUCAGCUGCAGUCUGCUCUGGCAUCACACAUCUCUGAUUUUAAUCUGUCCUGGACACAACUACCUGAGGAAGAAGAAGAACAGACGGAGGUUCUUGUGUGAAACAUCUUUAAUCUGGAUACACACACUGAAUCUUUAAGGCAAAUGCUCAUUCGUUUCAUUCAGUGAUUUCUAUUCUUCUCUAUCAUUGAUCUGGUGUGAAUGACGUGGUGUUCACAUCACUGCUGAAUAUCAUCAUUUCAAUCUCAUUAUAAUCCUCAUCACUAUAUUUGUGUUGUUAGUUGUGUAGUUGUGUGUCAUAGUCUGAGACAAAGUGUGUAGAGCAACACUAGCUUACAUAGUUUUUAAUUUAAUUUGCUGUUUAUUUCAUUGUACAGCAUUCCACAAGAUCCCAUUUUUUGUAAAUCUGAUUACGACUUUUGAAGUCUACUUCCCCAUAGUUUUAUUGACACUUGUUUAAUUUCUAUAUUGUUCACAUCUGUACUUUGCUUUUUAAAUUGUUUGGCGAUAUUUUAAAUGCUAAAUAAACCUGUGAC